AUGUCGGCAAAGAGAUCAAGGGUAGCAUCAUCAAGCAGUGCAGCUAGACAACCAGUUAGACAGCUGGAGCCACAUGUACCUGUGGCCUUCAAACCACAGUAUCAAACAUUGCAUGAGCAUCAAGACGACAUUCGCCCAACAGUUUAUGAGGCGACUCCUCUGAUUACGGGUUUUAUUGUAGAGUACAUGGUGGAGCGACCGAGCUUCACUGGGUAUAGUAUUGUGGAGACGUAUGAUCGCUAUGGAUGGGGUGGAGCACUGGACUUCAAUCCCAUGCAGAUUUAUGUUGAUAUAGUGCGGGAAUGGAUGAGGACACUUCGACGUGUUGAGCUGCCUAGUAGGUCGAAGGAGUUGUAG